GCCCAUCCAUUGAUCGCAAUCGGACCUCUCCACCUCCUCUCCGUCAGUCAUUUUGGGUGCUCGGUGAACAACAAACCACUUGGAUUUCUCCCCGCUUCCUACCAUCAACAUGCCUAUCUCCAAGAUCCACGCCCGCUCCGUCUACGACUCUCGCGGUAACCCCACCGUUGAGGUUGACGUUGUCACUGAGACUGGUCUUCACCGCGCCAUUGUCCCCUCCGGCGCCUCUACUGGCCAGCACGAGGCUCACGAGCUCCGUGAUGGUGACAAGACCAAGUGGGGUGGCAAGGGUGUCUUGAAGGCCGUCAACAACGUCAACGAGACCAUUGCCCCCGCUGUUAUCAAGGAGAACCUUGAUGUCAAGGACCAGUCCAAGGUUGACGAGUUCCUUAACAAGCUCGAUGGUACUGCCAACAAGUCCAACCUCGGUGCCAACGCCAUUCUCGGUGUCAGUCUGGCCAUCGCCAAGGCCGGUGCUGCUGAGAAGGGUAUCCCUCUUUACGCCCACAUCUCCGACUUGGCUGGUACCAAGAAGCCCUACGUUCUUCCCGUUCCCUUCCAGAACGUCCUCAACGGUGGUUCCCACGCCGGUGGCCGCCUUGCUUUCCAGGAGUUCAUGAUCGUUCCUGAAAACGCCUCUUCUUUCUCCGAGGGUCUCCGCCAGGGUGCCGAGGUCUACCAGAAGCUCAAGGCUCUUGCCAAGAAGAAGUACGGCCAGUCUGCCGGCAACGUCGGCGACGAGGGUGGUGUUGCCCCCGAUAUUCAGACCGCCGAGGAGGCUCUCGACCUGAUCACCGAGGCUAUCGAGCAGGCCGGAUACACUGGCAAGAUCUCCAUCGCCAUGGAUGUUGCUUCCAGCGAAUUCUACAAGGUCGAGGAGAAGAAGUACGACCUCGACUUCAAGAACCCCGAGUCCGACCCCUCCAAGUGGCUCACCUACGAGCAGCUGGCCGACCUGUACAAGUCUCUUGCCAGCAAGUACCCCAUUGUCAGCAUCGAGGACCCCUUCGCUGAGGACGACUGGGAGGCCUGGAGCUACUUCUACAAGACCUCUGACUUCCAGAUUGUCGGUGAUGACUUGACUGUCACCAACCCCCAGCGUAUCAAGAAGGCUAUCGAGCUCAAGUCUUGCAACGCUCUCCUUCUUAAGGUCAACCAGAUCGGUACUCUCACCGAGUCCAUCCAGGCUGCCAAGGACUCCUACGCCGAUGGCUGGGGUGUCAUGGUCUCCCACCGUUCCGGUGAGACCGAGGAUGUGACCAUUGCCGACAUUGCCGUUGGUCUCCGCUCUGGCCAGAUCAAGACCGGUGCUCCUGCCCGCUCUGAGCGUCUUGCCAAGCUGAACCAGAUCCUCCGUAUCGAGGAGGAGCUUGGUGAGAACGCUGUCUAUGCUGGCAGCAAGUUCCGCACCGCUGUUCAGUUGUAAAUGCAGCGACAAGCCUCGCCGCACUUCCGAAUUAACAUUUUAUCAAACUUUUGAUAUCCCUUUUUGAAGGGGCAUCGCCUCACUGCGU